AUGUUAGUUAUCCUCAAGAAAGGUAAAGCUUGCUCCAAAAAUGAUCUUCCCAAUCUUACGCCUACUCUUGUUCAAUAUGUCCUUCAAUGUCAAAUUCCCCUCUCAAACCCUAGUGUGAAUUCAGGGAAGGCGGAUGCAUCGCAGUCGGCAGUUUUGGUCCACAAAUUAAAGACCCAAUUGACAACCUUAUUGAAUGGCAAGAGCGCCGAGGGAAGAUUUGCUGCUAUCGUCUUGAUCAAAGUCGUGGUCGAAGUUGGGGGUUGGGAGAUUUUGCGCGACGCAGGGUCUUGGGUGCGAGGAUUGCUUUCGGUUCUUGGAAAACCAGACUCAAGUGCUGCCAAAGAGCUGAGUAUUAUAGCACUAACCAAGAUCUAUUGCAUGACCCAUCAAUACCAAACCUUGGUCAGAGAAAUCACCACGCCGACGUUACCCACCUUUGUAACGUCCUGCUUGAAUGUAAUUUCUCCCAAGGCAUCGAUAAAUGUCCUGGAUGUAAACCCAUCACUAGUAGAGACAGUCUUCCGCUCGUUUGCCAUGUUGCUGCCUCGCCAUACUACCAUCUUCCGCCCUUUCACAUCCCAAUUACGUGCUGCCACCAGGCCAUAUUUAGCAUCCACACUUUGUGAUCAGUGUUUUGUUCCGUUAUCGGUAAAGGAGAGUGCUCGUAAACUGGUGGUCGUUCUGCACCAGACAGUAGCGAAGAAUGGUGGAGGGGAGGAGUGGGGAAAGGCAGUUCGAGACCUUGUACAAGGCAUCCACAUGACUGCCGACCAAGUCUUUCGAGCCGUUGUUGAAGACUGGGAAUCGACUGCUGGAUAUAUUGCUGAACCUGUAAAUGUUAAUGAAGAGCUCUCCGGUGGUGCGCGCACACCUGAGGAUCUUUCUCGCUGGACUGGUAUUGACGCUGGCAUCGAAAGAUUGAUAGGCUUACUCCAAUUUCUGGAUGAAUAUCUAAGAGGGCCUACCCCUUCAGCUGUCACAAUUCCGGUCGGAUCCAUUUUCGACUUAAUUACCAGGAUUUUGUCUAUUUCUUUGCCCUCGCCCAUGGACUCGAAUUCCGGAAGUGUGAGGUUGCAUCCUGCAAUCGACCGUGAUGAGAGAGAUGGUUUGUGGACUGGCCUGCCAAAAGUUUUUGUUUCUGUAUUGCAUUUGAUCAGCACCAUGUCUGCCACUUUAGAACAAGGUUUCGUUUCUCUGGCCCAAGGAAGUCUCGACUUGCUGAUGUGGUCCUUCUCGUCUGGGAGGAGUCACCAAGAUUUUCGUGCAUCGACAUAUUCUUUAGCCUGUAAAAUUCUGCCGUUGGUCAGCCAAAGUUUAGAUAAACCACGUGUUGCAAAGCUUGUUCCACUAAUGCGAGCAUGCUGUAAAGAUCUGGAGACAAGUUAUUCUGGCGUCAGCAGCCCUGAAGCCAACACGUCUCAACCGAAGGGUUCGUCAAGUCAGAAUGCAGAUACUUUACUUCACGGCUCCAUAUCUGCGGUUGUCGUUGUCGAUCCGAAUGUCGUUGCAGCAGCCAGUUCUCUUUUACCUGUAUUGUUGUCCGACCUUCCUCAGAAAUAUCUUGAUAUAUCCAUGCGUUCUCAACUCGAACGUACGGCAAUUCUCGGACGUAAUAAAGAAGCAAUGUUGGCAAGCAUACUCAAUCCAUUUGUUGGAAAGAAUGGAAAAGCAUUGUCGAGUAUUCUUCCCCAUAUCACAAGGGCGUUUCCAAAUGACGAUACAGUGGAAAUUCUCUUACGUCCACGCAUGCCGACUAUACCUGCUGGAGGACACAGCACUUCCACACUUGAUGAUCUUGCAGAAGACGAUUCCGAAGACGAUGUCAUGGAUAGCAUAGACGAUGCAGCUGCUACGAGGCAAAGAGCAGAUGCUGUUGAUGUACUCAAUUUUCAGUCGGCACGGAGCGAAGUGCUAAACCCAUCAGAGAAAAAUUUUGAUCUUAGACUAGGUUCUAGUACUCAGCAGGGCUUGCCUAGCGAAUCUGGGUUUGAAGCAUCCGCACCUCCUUCGGUUAUCCCUAGCGUUAGGUUUCCUAAUACUGAGUCAUCAGCCCCAACUACGACGAAUGCUGAUACUGCCAUGAGCUACGAUGAUGCUGAAGGUUCGGAUUCAGAUUCAGAUGUUAGCGUGCAUCUUACAAUGCAGUUGGACUCGGAUAGCGAGUAA